UAUAAUGACUAUUCAAUGUUGGUAGCUGCAGUGUUGUGUGUGUUCAGAAAAGAUAGACUUUUUGAUUCAAGUAUUUCACAUAAUUAUACACGUUGAAAAUCUUAACAUAGCAGAAAAAUAGGGAAAAAAUGUCCCUGCCAAAUUUGACUAAUGCAUAUAGUGUGGAAUUCCUUGCAAAGAAACUUGAUAAUGAAGAAAAUAAGACUUUCUGUCAAAAAUUCAGAUACAUCAUAAAUAACAUUACAGUGGAACCAUUGUUGUUCCUCCUGUUGAUACCUUCGGUGAUGAAUAAUUUGACAACUUUGAAUCUCAAUCUGGAAAAAGCCUGCAGAGUAAACUUGCAAUAUAACAGUUCAGUAUGUGACGCUAUGGUGAGGAGGGAUCCUACCGGAUAUGAACCCUUCCAAGAGAGAGAAGCUCAAAAGCUGGUAUCGACCAUGACAGCUAUAAAAAUGAUUAUUGUGGGUUCGUAUCCAACUAUUUUGAUGUUAUUCGUUGGUUCUUGGAGCGACAGACACGGUCGUAGAAAGCCUUUGAUCCUUAUGCCCAUUCUGGGUGAUCUUGUAGGAACAAUUUGCCUCUAUUUCUGCGCCUACUUUUUCUUAGAAUUGUCAGUUGAAUGGUCAAUGAUGGCAGAAACAAUACCCUUUGCAUUAUGUGGCACAUGGACUUGUGAGUUCUUAGGAUUAUAUACAUAUGUCAGUGGUUUAUGUAAGGACGAAGAAAGAACCAUAAGAAUUGGAGCUGUAACUAUGUGCCAAAUUAUUUCCAUGACUCUUGGUAUGAUGUUGAGUGGGAUUAUGAUAAAACUGUUAGGUUUUAAAGGUGUUUAUCUCCUAUCGUCCGUACUUCUUAUAUGCUCUUUCUUGUACGGGGUGAUCAUAGUGAAAGAAUGUAACAUAAAAACAGCGAAGGAAAAAUCUGAAGUGAACAAUUCUAUAAAAGAGUUUUUUUCCCUGAAGCACAUCCAGAGUACAUUCAAGAUAUGCUUCAAAAAUGGAGCUAACAAUAGAAGAUCUAAGAUGAUAGUAUUGAUGUUACUGUCUUUCAUGGUAAUGGGACCUUUGUAUGGUGAAUAUUCCGUAACCUAUUUAUAUACCAGAUUGCAGUACAAUUGGAAUGAAGUAGACUUCAGCAUUUACAAUACCAUCCAUUCUGUUGUACAAGUUGUAGGUGGUUCCUUCGCCCUGUCAUUUUUCUCGAAGUAUUUGGGCAUAGACGAUGCAGCCUUGGGAAUGAUUGCAACAGUUACCAAGAUCUGCGCAUGUGUGGUUUACGCUUUCGCUCCAACUACAUAUAUAUUUUAUAUAGGUGCAUUUGUUGAAGUAUUCCAUAGCACAUGUCAUAUAGCCAUGCGAUCAAUAAUGGCAAAACUAGUGCCGCCUCAAGAGUUGGGACAGUCUAAUUCAGUUUUUGCCAUUUUCGAGUCCAUUACACCCCUGUUGUUUGGACCAAUCUAUACUAAUGUGUACAAUAAAACGAUCAAUAUUUUUCCUGGCUCCAUUUAUAUGGUUACGUCGAUUUUGUAUUUGAUCACCUUGUACCUGUUCUUUUGGAUGUACAGAACAAAUAAAAAGGACAAAGAAGAAAACAUGGAGCAAUACAAGAAAGUAAAGCAAGAAGAUGGUCCACAUGAGAAGGAUUAACGAAAUUACCUUCUGAAUAGCGAAAAGAAGAUUAAAGCUUCGAUGAAGUGACUAGAAAUUUUUCACAUCUGAUACUCAUUUUGUAAAUAUUCCAUCCCUUCACAUAUUUUUUGAAUAAAGUGAUCAAGUGGAUUUUCGAAAA